AUGGCUGGUUAUCACAAUUUUCUUUGCAAAAACAAAAAACAUAAAACUUUUGAAAUUAUUGAAUCUGAAAAAUUCAUUAAGAGUCUCGUGACAUGGGUAAAACAUAGUAUAAUCAUUCAAAAACGCUUGCAAGAAAUUGAAAAUGUACCUUUGGAUAAACUCAAUAAACACGACGUUUUAAAUACAUUAUUAACCAUUAAUAAAGCUCAAGAAUUAAAUAGUAAUAAUGGAAAGGCUAUAAACCCAAUGAAUGAAAGAGAGAUUUUUGGUGUUUUACUCGAAUUUUUUGUCGCUGGUGUUGAAACGGUUUUAAGUCUUAUAUGCUUCAUUGUUUAUUAUGUAUGCAAACAUCCCUCGGUAAAACAAAAACUUAUUCAAGAAUUUGAUUCCGUAUUUCCUACUACAUUACCGUCAAGUGAAAUCACUUAUGAAAAACUUAUGAAUAAUCUCCCUUAUUGUGAUGCAAUUGUUAAAGAAACGAGUCGUUUAAAAACAAAUCCUCCAAUUAAUCCUCGUGAACUUUAUGAACAAGACGAAAUUGGGGGAUAUACAAUUCCAAGGGGUUCUACGGUAGUUGCAUGUGCAGAUGCCAUUCAUUUACAUAAAGACUAUUGGGAAAAGCCUACGGAAUUUAUUCCUGAGAGAUUCCUGUCUAAUGAUUAUCCAUUAUCCAUAGUGGUGGCUUAA